AUGUUUAGUUUUGAAAGCUCAACUGUUAAAAUUUGUUCCGCAGCGGAAGAAGAGACCGACUUCAGAAGCAGACAAAAUGCAAACGGUUUCCCGUCUUCACAGUCUAGUUUGUCUGCAGGUUUGGAUACAGAGCAAAACGGUGGGCAAUCUGAUGAGGAAAACCCAAAUCCCGCUAAUGCAAGCCAUGACAAGUUGACUAAGAGCAUCCGCGUGGAAGAGACCUGUGAGCUCUUAAGUGAAGCUUCUAUGGAGGUCCCAGUUGUGAAUGAAACGGCUGUGGCAAAUGAAGCUACUGAUUACAUUACCACUGGGUCCCAGAACAGUUCUAGCAUGUGCCAUGAUGAGUUAUCACAAGGACCGACUCAGCUAACUUCAGAACGCAACUUGACAGGGGCUACUGGCAGCACGGUUGUGAAGUUGCCAGGAAAGAAAGCGGGCAGAUACAGUCGGAAAGGCAGGGGAAGAGGUAAAUGAUGGCCGAUUAUGUUCUGUACUUUCAUUAUUUAUUUUGUACCUUAGCCCAGGGGGGAUUUUCCACGUAGGUCACUUGUAGGAUUACUGUGAACGAUGUUUAUUGUAGGGUAGAAAUCUUGUUCAUCCAUUUAGUUAUGAGAUAUUGCAGUUUCAGUUUCAAGAAAUCAAUUCAGAAGUUUGUUAACUUGGAUAUAAUUUAAUAACACUUUUUUAGUUGUUAC